GUAUUUGCACCUUCCCUUCUCUUUUUUGUGACCCACCAUUCAUUAUUCUAAUUCUAAACUCUUGGCCUCUAUAUUUUUUUUUUCUCUCUACCUUCCCCCUGUGUCCCAGGCUACAUUCAUGUGUCAUUCUCGUCCUCCGAAUUUUGUCAUGUACGUAUAAUGUGUGUAUAUUUAUUUGUAAUUAAUUCUAUUUCCAACCAGUACUACAAAUCAAAAGAAAAAGGAGAAAAAAAAGACUCGAAUACCAAGGAGCUCUAUGUUCACUUGCCAGUAAAUACUUUUUUUUUUUUUUGGAGAAGUGCCAGUAAAUACUUUUCGUUGGGAGAAGAAUCUCUGUGUCUUAGCUGAAUUUAAUAUCAAAUAUCACCUUCAGAAGUAGGAAUGGCUAAGGAGUACAGUGGAUCCCCAAAGCAUCACCAGCUGGAAGCAAAGAGGAAGCGGCUCUCUUGGAUCCUAGGGGUUAGUGGGCUUUGCAUUUUGUCUUACAUUUUUGGGGCUUGGCAGAAUACUCCUGCUCCCACCAAUCGAUCUGAGGCCUACAAUAGAGUCGGUUGUGAUGUACCUCCAGCAGGGAAUGGUGUACCCUUAUCAUCAUCAUCAUCACCUUCAUCAAAUACAUUGGACUUUCAAAGCCAUCAUCAAGUUGAGAUCAACAACUCUGGUGGAGUCCAGAAGUUCCCACCUUGUGAUAUGUCCUAUAGUGAAUACACUCCUUGCCAAGAUCCUGUAAGGGGAAGGAAAUUUGAUCGCACCAUGUUGAAAUACAGAGAGCGGCAUUGCCCUGCCAAGGAAGAGCUCCUCCAUUGCCAGAUACCUGCUCCACCAAAAUAUAAGACCCCUUUCAAAUGGCCUCAGAGUCGAGACUAUGCUUGGUACGACAAUAUUCCCCAUAGAGCGCUCAGCAUUGAGAAGGCUGUUCAGAAUUGGAUUCAAGUCGAGGGUGAUCGUUUCAGAUUCCCUGGAGGAGGCACCAUGUUCCCCCGUGGAGCUGAUGCUUAUAUUGAUGACAUUAACGAACUCAUUCCUCUCACAAGUGGAAGUAUCAGAACUGCCAUAGAUACUGGCUGUGGUGUAGCAAGUUGGGGUGCUUACCUGUUGAGGAGGGACAUCCUGGCAAUGUCUUUUGCACCAAGGGACACGCAUGAAGCACAGGUCCAGUUUGCAUUGGAGCGGGGAGUUCCAGCUAUGAUUGGCAUCAUGGCUUCUCAGAGGCUUCCAUACCCAGCUAGGGCUUUUGAUAUGGCUCACUGUUCCCGUUGCUUGAUACCUUGGAAUAAAUUUGAUGGUAUGUAUCUAAUUGAAGUGGACAGAGUUCUAAGGCCUGGUGGUUACUGGAUUCUUUCUGGCCCUCCUAUCCGCUGGAAGAGAUACUGGAGAGGAUGGGAAAGAACCCAAGAAGAUUUGAAACAAGAGCAAGAUGCAAUUGAGGGUGUUGCUAAGAGCCUUUGCUGGAAGAAAGUGAUUGAAAAGAAUGAUCUUGCAAUAUGGCAAAAGCCCAUCAACCACAUUGAAUGCAACAAGAGAAAGAAGGUUUAUAAAACACCACAUAUAUGCAAAUCGGACAAUCCAGACGCUGCUUGGUACAGAAAUAUGGAAACUUGCAUAACCCCACUACCAGAGGCAAGCAGCUCAGAUGAAGUUGCUGGUGGAGCUUUGGAGAAGUGGCCCCAGCGCGCUUUUGCCAUCCCUCCUAGAAUUAGCACUGGCUCAAUUCCAGGCAUUAGUGCUGAAAAUUUCCGAGAAGACAAUGAACUAUGGAAGGACAGGGUGACACAUUACAAGCGGAACCUACCCCUAGCACAGGGACGAUACAGGAAUAUAAUGGACAUGAAUGCCUACCUUGGUGGAUUUGCUGCGGCCUUGGUAAAGUAUCCUGUGUGGGUUAUGAAUGUGGUUCCUGCCAACUCGAACCAGGACACUCUAGGUGUAAUUUACGAACGAGGUUUCAUUGGGACAUACCAAGAUUGGUGUGAGGCAUUCUCAACAUAUCCAAGAACCUAUGAUCUCAUACAUGCAGGUGGUGUGUUCAGCAUAUAUCAGGACAGGUGUGACAUCUCCUACAUUCUGCUAGAAAUGGAUAGAAUUUUGAGGCCAGAAGGGACAGUUAUAUUUAGAGAUACAGUAGAGGUCCUUGUGAAGAUUAAGGCUAUAACAGAUGGGAUGAGAUGGAAGAGCCAGAUUAUGGACCAUGAAAGUGGACCCUUCAAUCCCGAGAAAAUUCUCGUUGCUGUCAAAAAUUACUGGACCGGUGAAGCUACACAAAAGAAAAACUAGUACAGAGCAUAGUGUAUUUUCCUUCUUUUUUUUUUUUCCCUGCAGCUCCUGUCUCUCUCUGGCUUGCAGCUUUGGGAGUUCUAUUCUUCUUUGGGAAUUAUUAUGUUUUCUUAUUUUUGCAAAAUACUUUUCCUAUUAAUAGGGAAGAAAGGUUAGUUUUUUCUUA